AUGCGCACUAUUACCACGCCCAGCACCUGGUCUUUUCUGGAGCUCAACCCCCACCUCCGCCCGCAUAACAAGUUCCGCGUGAAAACUCGCGGAACACAUACCUUCCUACGCGCCAACGCCCCCAUCGACUCCGACCCCUUUCACUCCCUCUAUCCCUCGCACACGAAAAUGUCUGAUUCCGGCUCCGACGGAGCUCAGCCAGGCACAGUCAACCUCGCCUCCCUGAGCGUCCCCCAGCUGCGCUCCCUCCAAUCCCGCCUCACCUCCGAGCUGGAGCACCUCACCACUUCACAUUCCAAGCUUCGCGCAGCGCAAGCCAAGUUCCGUGACUGCGUUCGCUCGAUCAACGAUGGCGUGACCGGAUCCAAGGACAAGGGCACUGAUGGCCAAGACGAUAUUCUCGUGCCGCUGACAAGCUCGCUGUAUGUUAAGGGCCGACUGACGGAUCGGGAGAGGGUACUUGUUGAUGUUGGAACUGGAUUCUACGUUGAGAAGACACCGGCCAAGGCUGUCGCCUUUUAUGAUGAUAAGAUCAAGGGCCUAGAUGCCAACUUGCAGGAGCUCGAAAAGAUUGUUUCUGGUAAGAGCCAGCAGUUGCGUGUCGUUGAGGAGGUCCUCCGUCAGAAGAUGCUUAGCGGUGAAGCGCCCGCACAGCCGGCUGCUGCGAGUGCGAGCUGA